AUGGGCCUGAUGGGCCGCCGCCUGACCAGCUACAGGGAGUGCACCCGCGAUGCAGAGUGGCAGCUCUACCUGCUGACCCUGGUGACCAACAUGGGAGACCUAGAGGCCAUCGCCGAGUGCACCAGCGGCGACGCGGCUUGCCUGAGGGCACCGGCAGAGCUGGAAUGCAUGGAGCUUGCUGAGCUGGGGCGCAGCCUCCCAGACCUGAAGCCCAGCCGUCAGUGGCUGGGCCUGGACUUCACAUGCACCACACUCCUGGUAGGCGAGACAGGGCCAGGGGUAUUUCCGAUGUGGAAAAGGUACUUGUUUGCAACCGGUGGCAUGCUCCGCCAUGCUGGCACCAUCGCUGCUUGA